GCCAUGGUGGUAGUGGCCGAAGCGUAGAUUGACGCCUGCUGGCCGAUUCAAUGUCUAUAAAAACCCUUUGCAUUCGAGUAUUUGUGACGGUGCUUUGUACAGCACUCAAAGUCUUCAGCAUCCUCCACCACAAACCUUCAUUACGUGAAUAGUCGCUGCAUGAACCGCUGAGAUGGAUGCAGAUCUAGCAUACGAGAGAAAGCUCAUUCAGCUUGAACAAGACAGACUUCGCUCGUUCACAGAUAAAUCCGCUUUCAAUGCACCUGCUCUCGAGGCCCUUCCCAAUCGGAUCGUGCUUCGCAACCAUGCCUUCCCAGAGGCACUCCCCUCCGCUGCUCUUAUCUACUUUUCUGAUUUGACUUUCGAGGAGGUUGCUGCAGGCAAAUACUGCUCGGCCAUGGUCAAAGCUGCGCCGAAGCGCUCAGUAGCCUUGUCUACUGAUCAAAUUGCGCUACCCUACAUAUUGAUGCAGAUCGAGGUGGCCGACAAGGGUGAGCCGGGUUCUCAGGAGGUCUCCCUUGAGCUUCAAAACUGCUUUGAUGGCCUGACAGAAGCGCAACUGUCUGAUGCAUUACCUCUUGGAAGCUUUCUCUCAAUCAAGUCACCCUAUCUGACCUUGUCCUCAAGACAUCAAUCUCAAGUCUUGCGCAUCGAUCAUCCUUCCGAUAUUGAAGUGAGACCACCGGAACUGGCCCGUGACCAUGAGGCUAUGAAACAAAUCGGCAAUCAGGCAUUCCGUCAGAAACGCUACAACAGCGCACUGCGAGCAUGGCAAUCCAUUCGAUCAAAAAAUCAAGACUUUCAAGCAUCGCUAUGGCUCAAUAUUGCUGCUGUCUUGAUUGAGCUGCAUCGCUAUGAAGAGGCAAUACACUAUUGCGACCAAGUCCUCGGCAUCAGCAAAUUCAACGCAAAAGCACGGUACCGAAAAGCAGUAGCCAUGUACGGAUUGCGCGAUUUCACAAACCCUUAUCUGGAAACAUUCCUGCGCGAUGAGUCCAUGAGAUUGACAGAAUCGUCGCCUCAAGCCCUGCGAGGUCUGCUCGAUCGCCUCACGCUACGACUCAGAGAAGCGCGCGGUCAAUUCACCUGGCGGGAUUGGCAUCGAUUACAUGAAUUUGCCAAGCAAGGUCUGCGCGUUGAUUUUGCCAAUUACAACAGCCCAUACAUCGAGAGGCGAGAAGUGUCUGGUGCUGGCAUUGGUCUGUUUGCGAGACGAUCCUUGCGUGUUGGUGAUUUGAUUAUGGUGGCAAAAGCAGCAGCGUUGCAGCUACCGAGCGAGGCUCGCUUGACGGACGUGCCCAUUAUCGACUUGGUCGACGAGACUGUGCAUACCACACAAUCCCCGAACCUACUCGAUGCUCUCGCUCAGAGUGCGCAUAUAUCAAACACCAUGUGUGAGCAAUGGUCACAGCUGUAUGCCGGUGAGGAAUAUUCACGCACACCAAAGACCAAGCUUUCCUCUCACCAACUCCGCAAAAUGAUUCAGUACAAUUCAUUUGCCUUGGAGGAUAGCGAAGUUGAGCUACCGACACUCUUCCAGCGACAAGACCUCCCACCGCAAGAAGAAGGUGCGCGUGGGUUUUGGCACAUGCCGAGUUACUUCAAUCACAGCUGCCUUAACAAUUGCUCCAGGAUGUUCAUGGGAGACAUUAUGAUCAUCAAAGCGAACAGGGAUAUUGACAAGGAUGAGGAACUGACACUUGGUUAUGUGCACCGCUUUCAGCUAUUCAAGGAGAGACAGGAGGCAUGCCAAGAUUUUGGCUUCACUUGUGCUUGUGAGUUGUGCAUGGUUGAAAAGGAGGAACUCGACAAGUUCCCCAGUAUUGUGGAUGAGCGCCGAGUCUUGCAAGCUCAGUGGCGAGCCAAGGUUGAGCAUUUGAGAGAUGACCUGCCCAAGCUCGUUGGCGAGACUGAGGCAUUUUUGGAACAACUGCGAGCGACCUAUGAAAAGACACAGCGCACACAAUACCAUUUCGCGACAAUCGUGCCACUCGAUGUGCUUGUAUUGAGCAAUAAAGCACUCGGUCAGUUCCCUCAGGCGUACGCAGCUGCGAUGGACAUGGCUGCUUUGGGUUGUGGUCUCUUCGAUGACUACACCCUUGGUAUUAACCUGCAUAUUGCUCUCAUCCGCCAAGCCAUGUCUGACGUGUCACCACCACUCGGCGAUCGAAUUGCGCAGUAUAUUGCAGCAACAAUGGAGUCUCUAGUUGCCAUUGCAAAGGGAUGGCGUUGUCGCGGACUCGUGGCAGGCUUGCCUGGGUUUAUUCGUGGCUUCAAGCAAGUGUAUGAUGGCGAUGCUAUCAAGAGAGGUGAGGCGAUUGGCUUUGGCAUCAUCCGCGGGUUCCUCAUGCUAGAGCAGGAUUUGCAGCGAGGAGUGCUGGACUUUGAUCUAUCGAUGAAUGAAACUUCAAAAGCUUCUGAGUGAGUCACCCUUCAUCUUUGUUGUUUGGCGAAUAAAUUUCAAACUAUAGUUCUAGCUACAUGACCACCACUUCAUGAUCAAUGCUUCCACGAGAUGCUCAUCUGUCCUUCCAUCUGCUGCCAUCGGCUGGCUCGUCUACGCACCGUAUAGCUGCGCUCGUCACAGUGAUUGAUGAGAUUGCCAUCAUGCGCACCUUUGAUCCAGAGCGAGACCAUUUUGUCUCCUUUGCUCGUAUCCUCUACCUAGCAGGACAAACAAUCGUCAGCGGUCUCUUGAGCUGUGCGCUCGA